AUGGCUACGUGCAUUAGCAAUGAACGGCGAAUGCGUAACUGGGAUUCUCUAUGGGCGUAUGAAAAUAGAGCGUCGUCGUCCGGGCUCCCAAUCGGCGGGCCUGGAAGGAAGUCCGCCUUUGCUUUGCAUCCACGCGUACAAUGUGGGCCCUCUGCGAUGCAUGGUCAUGGAGCCCUAACCAAUCAAGAAUGCCACUCCAAAAUAAGGAGUGGUAAACGAAAUAUGGAACCCUACCCGACUUUGCUCGGUGGUUCUAUCAAACAGAAAUGUUUAAAGAAGAAGCUCAUAUGGCGCUUUAAGCUUCCGUCUUCAAUGGAGAUGGAUACUGAUGAGGGAGAGGUUCUGGUAUUGCCCCCUGUGGCGGCGUCGGACGAACCCUUGCGCCCUCAAGCUAGGAUGGAUGAAAAAUCUCCAUCUGUGAAUGGUUGUUCUGAUUGA